GUCUCCAAUGAGUGAGUGCCGUCGUUCGUGCCGUGUCAAAUUUGUUUUGUUUAUAUGUCACGUCAGUAGAAGUUUCACUAAAUAUUAGUUAAAAAUGUGCGAUAUUAACGAUAAUCCUAUAAAACUAAGUGUUAAGUGGAAUGGCAAGGAGUACGAAAUACCAGAAUUUUCACCAUCAGAUUCCGUCGCGAUGUUGAAAGUUGCGAUCGAAAAUGCCACGGGCGUCCGGCCCGAGAGACAAAAACUCCUAAAUGUUAAAUUUCAGGGCAAAGUAGCAACGGACAACUGCACAUUAUCAGACCUGCAGUUGAAGCCAAACCUGAAGAUCAUGAUGAUGGGGUCCCUGGAAGAAGCCAUAGCCGGGGCGCAGACCAGGCCGGAUGUUGGAGACGAGGUGGUGAAUGACUUGGAUGUCGAGGAGGAGGAGGUGGAUGUAGAGAACCAGGAGGUGUAUUUAUCGAAAAUAAACAAGCGAGUGCGGGAUUAUAAGAUAAAUGUGCUGAAUGAACCGCGGGAGGGGAAGAAAUUACUAGUUCUCGAUAUAGACUACACGCUGUUUGAUCAUCGCUCUGUCGCUGAAACAGGUUACGAGUUGAUGCGUCCCUACCUCCACGAGUUCCUAACUUCGGCAUAUGAGGAUUAUGACAUAGUGAUCUGGUCGGCCACGGGGAUGAAGUGGAUCGAGGAGAAGAUGAGAUUGCUUGGGGUCUCUACGCACCAGGACUAUAAGAUCAUGUUCUACUUGGAUUAUCUAGCUAUGAUCACUGUGCAUACUGCUAAAUAUGGCACUAUAGAUGUAAAACCUCUAGGCGUAAUAUGGGGCAAAUACCCCCAAUAUAGUUCGAAAAACACGAUAAUGUUCGACGAUAUUAGGAGAAACUUCAUAAUGAAUCCGAAAAGCGGGCUCAAAAUCCGGCCAUUUAGGCAGGCGCAUCUAAAUAGGGACCGAGAUCGAGAGCUCCUGCACCUUUCUACGUACCUUAAGGACAUAGCCCAAUAUUGUGAAGAUUUCGACCAAUUAAACCAUAAAAAGUGGGAGAAAUACAAGCCUGACAAGAACAGGUCUCAGCAGGCUGGCAGUAAGAGGAAAGCUGAAGAUAGUGCCCCGACCACACCCAAAGAAUGACGGUAAUUCCACCACAGGCCGACACCUCGGUCUGCGAGUCGCCUUAAUCGCUUAUAAGACUGCAAACCCGUUAGAACUGCUAACAGUUUUAAAAAACCUCGAUUAUUAAGUCAAAAAAACAUUGAAAAUGUUUAAAAUGUAACACUUUUUAAUUAAAAUUAAGGCGAUUUGCAUUUUAGUUAGUUGCGUUGAUCAUUUUGUAUCGUAACGGGAUUUCUUUCAAACUUCCGUGUUGCUAUUUAAUAAAAUUAUGAUAUUAUUUCUAAUAGAACAAAGUUAAGUGAUGUAGUUGAGAAUUUAAGUGCGGUUAGUUCUUGACAAUGGCGCUAAUGGACUCUGAAAACAUGCAGAUGCAAGUUACUCUUACAAAUAAAUAUUUGAAAGGAUAAAAUGGCCUAAUGUAGGCCAUACGUCACAAGUAUGAAUCAUAAAUAAUAAAAAUCAGUAAUGAAGUUCUAACAAAAUGUGAAGUAUAGUUUCUCAAAACCGCUUAUGCUUUGCUUUUUCUUUGUUUCUUUCUCUCAGACAGAAUUUGAUGCAUUCAGCUUGUUUGAACAACACCGGUUCACUUGGUUUCCGAUUCAUUCUUGGCGACGCUUGGACAAGACCCAUACAUUUAAAGCCAUACAUCAAAACGAUAAAAUUAUUUUUCCUGUGUUGUUUCCAGUUUCUUGAGAUCGGUCAUACUUAUACUUAUAAUUUUUUACUUCUCCCCCAAAUGACAAACUCCCUCUUCUAAGGGCUGAUAAUGAUGUUUAAUUCACAAUAUUAUAAUAACAUUUUGUAGUUAGAGAUGUCCGUUACCCAGGCCAGAUGUUGUCGUAAAUGGUCAUUUGA